AUGAACCUCGAACAAUGGUACUUCUCGAUACCUGUCAUUACUCGGACAUUCCUCACACUUUCCACGAUCACAAGCUUUGCUGUUACAUUUGACUUAUUGAGUCCACUUCAACUCUAUUUAAAUUUCCACAGUGUAUUUUAUCAAUAUCAGCUAUGGCGAUUAAUCACCAACUUUUUAUUCUUUGAUAAAUUCAGUAUUAAUUUUAUACUUCAUUUGUAUUUCCUCUAUUUCUAUUGUAGGAGGCUUGAGGAGCAUUCAUUUCAUAGAAAAACAGCGGAUUUCUUUUAUUUAAUAUUAUUCGGAUCAGUUGCAAUGAUUUGUAUUUCUCCUCUUCUUCAACUUCCUUUCAUGAGUCAUUCUCUAGUAAUCAUGUUACUUUAUAUUUGGAGUCGAAGAAAUCCUCAUGAACAGUUUCGUAUUUAUGGAAUAUUUACUGUCGCUGCUGGAUACCUUUCAUGGGUGCUGUUAGGAGUUGGAUUAUUGAUGGGAAUGAGUCCCGUUGUGGAUCUAGUUGGAAUUGCUGUUGGACAUGUUUACUUUUACUUGAAAGAUGUUAUUCCUGGAGAGUUUCCAGGUGUUGAUCCCAUGAAAACGCCAUCAUUUCUUUGUAAAUUAUUUCCUGGAGAUCAUCAAGAAAUUGAGCAUGCUCCAGUAUUUAGGGAUCCUCCAAAUUUCUUUGAUGUGAACAGAAAUGAGGAGGAAGAGCGAAUGCGUGAACAAAUUGCAGAAAACAGGGAAAAUGCAGAAGGUAAUGCUGCUUCUAAUAAUGAUGAAAAUGUUGAGGACGAAACACCUCAUAACGAUAACUUAUCAAACAAUCAAGGAAUCAGUCCAACGGAGUUACACCGUAGACAUACAUCAAGAGAUGAACACGCUGAAGACAACGAGUAA